GGGGGUAGGGCGCGAGGUAUCAUGGAGGAUCAGUAGGCAGACUGUGGCCGUCAGAGAAGCUGCUGCGCUGAUCCGGACUUUGUCAACUGUUCGCCGAACCGAGCCAGAAUGGACAUGAAGAAGAGGAUCACCUUAGAGCUGCGGAACCGGAGCCCGGCGGAGAUAGCAGAGCUCGUGGUGGAUAACAGUCGCUCUGCAGACGGGGAGGUUGAAGGUCUGACAGACGCGUUCACGGAGCUCGAGUUUCUCAGCAUGGUGAACGUCGGGCUGAGCUCGCUGGCUAAACUGCCCUCACUGCCCAAACUACGCAAGCUGGAGCUCAGCGACAACAACCUGUCCGGAUCUCUGGAGACGCUGUCCGAGAAAUGUCCCAACCUGACCUACCUCAACCUGAGCGGGAACAAGAUCAAAGAGCUGAGCAACGUGGAGGCGCUGCAAAACCUGAAGAGCCUUCAGAGUCUGGACCUGUUCAACUGUGAGAUCACGUCUCUGGAGGACUACAGGGAGAGCGUGUUCGAGCUGCUGCCUCAGGUCACUUACCUGGACGGCUUCGACCAGGAGGACAACGAGGCGCCCGACUCUGAGGCCGACGACGAAGACGAGGACGGCGAGGACGGGGCGGGGCCGACCGGCGACUACGACGACGAGGAAGACGAAGACGAGGACGAGGACGGCUCAGAGGGAGGAGAGGUGGGGCUGAGCUUUCAAGUGAACCGGGCCGAUCAGGAUGACGACGAGGACGAAGACGACUACGCCGAGGAGGAGGAGGAAGACGAGCAGGCGGGCGUUCAAGGACAGAAGAGGAAGCGAGACGUUGAGGACGAAGGCGAGGAUGAUGACGACGACGACGAAGACGACUAGUCGUGGAGCUGCGGGCGGUCUGAGCGCCGUCCUGACCCGGUUCUGUCCACAGCCGGGCCGGACCGCCAGACUGCAAACAGAGACAGCAGCAGAACUGUGUGACCCGAUAGUUUGUUCAGUUUGAUAGAAGUCACGUCGUUAUUUUAGAUAAUAUAUGAAAGAUUUAUCAACUCCACACGCUUCCCUUUAAGACCCGGCUUAGCCCGGCUCGGCCCGGUUCACCCCCCCCAAAACACCAACACUUCCUGGCAGCAGUGAUGUCACAAGCGCACCACCGAACCGGCCCUCUGUGUUUGGACUUGUCCUGCUCUUAUGAAGCCGUCCAUGGUUCAGGACCAGCGGUGAACUAAAGCCCGGUCCAGUUCAGACCACAACACUCUGAUCUGCCGGUCCUGGUACUUUUCUUACAACAUCACAUUAGAACCCAAACACAACCCGGGUCUGCCAUCAGAAUCCGAGUCUUCUGCUCUGAACUGGAUAUGAGCUGGGUCCAUCAACAGUCGACCCGUGGACCUUCAGAACCACCAGAGUCUGUCCGGUUCUGCAGAAACAGGAAGUGACGGCGUCCUCAAGAGAGCAGGUCGGUUUCUGAGCCUUCGGCACCAGAGCGAGCCGGACCGGACGGACGGUCCACAUCGAAACCUGAUCAGCACCUUUCAGGAUCAGGACCCGGUUCUGUUCAGGAUCUUCACUCUGCGUCACGUUGGUACCUGACAGAACCUUGAUCACAUGACACAGCUGUAGAGACGCCGAGUUCCCAGUGUGUGUUUGAUUUGUUCUCCAAGGCGGGGCGGGCAGGCGGGCGGGGUCAUUAGACCUGACGUGUUCGUUUGUUUUUAGUUUGAUGUGAGCAGCGCCGCCUCAAAGUGCCCGCCCCCUCGUGACGCUCACGCCGUCACCGUGUCACAUUUCAGGCUCCGCCCCCUACAGAACACCUGCCGUGGUGCGUUCAGGCGUCGCGGUGCGUUCAGGCCUGUGAGCACCUGAACGCAGCGUCACAAUGACAGGUGUGCAGGGGAUGAUGGAGGCGGAGCCUGAAGCGGGACACACCUGUGCGUCUGAUUCGCUGCUCUGUGUGGGAACGUUUCCUGUUUUACUUCCUGUAGCCGCAUCAAACAGAACCGACCCGACAGGAAGUGGAGGAAGCGUCGGGUCGGUCCUGGUGAAGCAGCAGAACUCGGACCUGCUGUAAACACUCUUAAAAACCACGCGGCAGAGACAGAGAGGAUCAUGGGAGAAUCGAACGAGGUUCACGUCACAUGACUAGCGUUAGCACGCUAGCCCGUCAGCUGACGUGUUUUUAAGAGUGUAAAGGUCAAAGGUCACGUCAGCUUUUAAGGCAAUAUUGUAAAUAGACUCGACUCCGUUUGUUUUUAUUGUUUUUAAUUAAUU